AUGGCAUUGCGGCAAACCGUCGGCAGACUGGCUUCGGCAGCCACUGGGAUCGGUGGUGUUCGCACAGCAGCAGCCACCACAGCGAGCGACAUCGAGUUGGCCAUGGCACGGAUAAUUCCGGGAAUCUUCAAGCACACCCGCUGCCGGAACGGCCUCUACCCGCAGAGCGACGUGCGGCGCUAUCCGGUGCCGGAUGAGUCCGUCUUCUGGACGCAGACGUACUCCGACUACCAACCGCCGGUGUACGAGUCACCGAUUUUGCAGGGCAAAGAGUGGGCCGAUUUGGACGCUGAGAAUCCGGCGUUCGAACCGAAAUGGAACCAGCUCGAUGGGAAGGUCAACCGGGUGAGCUUCGUCGGCGAGUACGAAAUACGAGACGACUGUCCGGUUAAUCCGUUCGGUCGCACCGGCAUCCGUGGCCGCGGCAUACUGGGCCGCUGGGGACCGAACCAUGCGGCCGAUCCCGUCGUGACGCGCUGGAAGCGGGACGAAGCGGGCGCGCCGGUACUGCACCCGGACAGUGGCAAGCGCAUUCUGGAGAUGUGCGCCAUCGAGCGACUGGACUGUGGCGAGUGGGCCAUCCCGGGCGGUAUGGUGGACCCGGGCGAGAAGGUGAGCGUCACGUUGCGGCGUGAAUUUCUCGAGGAAACGAUGGACAACGACGCCGGAGAGGAGGCCGGUGCGGUGGAGCAGUUCUUUGCGGCCGGCACCGAGAUCUACAAGGGCUACGUGGACGAUCCGCGGAACACGGACUGUGCGUGGAUGGAAACGGUGGCGGUAAACUUCCACGACGAGACGGGCGCGGUCGUGGGCCGCUUUCCGCUUCACGCCGGCGACGAUGCGGCCAAGGUGCGCUGGAUGGACGUGAGCGAGGAGGUCAAACUGUACGCCAGCCAUUCGAACAUCGUGAAGCGAGUGGUCGAUAUGCUCGAGGCGCACUGGUAAGCCUGCGAAUUCGGAUGCCUUGCGGAAGGUUCGUGUUCAGGGGGUUGUUGUUGCGUGCCGUUGGCCACACAG